GGCAGCUCCUCCCUUAAACCCUAGUUCUUGCCAUGGGGGACGAGAGCAGCAGCAAGCGGCGGAAAGUGGCCUUCUCUAGCGCCGCAGAUCGAAAUGCGGAGUUUUGCCUGGCCAAAGACGCCAUCAAACUACACCUCGUCAGCUCCAUCGAUGACUUCCAAGACAGCAAUCUAGGCUUCUGCCCCACAUUUCUGGAAGAGCACUUCGGCGAGAGCGGCAAAAUCUACGGCUACAAAGGACUCAAGGUCGAUAUCUGGUUGCACAGCUCCUCCUUCCAUGCCUAUGCGGAUAUCAAGUACGACUCGAUCGUUCCUGUUCCCAAGUCUCGCGAGAAAUUGGAAGAUGUCUUGAAGGACGUUUUUGGCGAUGGCUUAGUCGAGAACCGAGAUAUAUUUUCCAAGCAACUUUCCUCAUUCAGCUCGCAGUUCAGUGAUCUCUUAUCGAAAUAUGCGGAACACAUAGCCUCGUGGCAAGCACCGGCCGAUAGUUUCACUCGAAACCAGGUUUUCCGCCUCGAGCUAGCGAGCUCGGAGUCACGAGUCUGGCAUCAAAGGCUGAAUCCACUUGUACUAUGGUUUGUGGAAGGUGCAAGCUGCAUCGAAGUGGAUGACCCACGCUGGGAAGUUUAUGUGGCUGUUGAAACGACAAGGGACGUACACAAGGUGACCGGCUUCUGUAACGUUUACCGUUUCUUUCACUACCCAGACAGUUCGAGGCUCCGCAUCAGUCAAGUAAGUUUGGAGCGUUCUCUGACGCAUCUUUUCAACCCCGCUCUCCUUUUCCAGAUAUUGGUGCUCCCACCUUACCAGAACAAACAGCACGGCUACCAUCUGGUGAAUGCCGUCAACGACAUCGCCAUGCGCAGGAACUCCUUCGACGUGACAAUGGAGGAUCCAUCCGAUAAGCUGCAGCUCCUGCGUGAUUGCAUGGACGUGAUGCGGCUGCUGGACUCCACGCCUGUGCUAUCCCAGGUGAGACUUGCUGUCCAACGGAUAAAGGAAGGCAAAACGGGGUCGGAGGAGCUCCUGCCCCCCUCCAACCUGGCUUGUGUGGUGCGGCGGGAGUUGAAGAUCAGCAAAGUUCAGUUCAAGAGAUGCUGGGAAGUGAUGAUCCUUGUGCAUCUGGAUCCCGGCGACGAGAAGGCAUUUACGGAGCUCCUGUCGAAGCGGCUGUCCGCAGAGCUCUUCGAGAGCAAGGAAAGCCAGCAGCCAAAGCUCAAGCACGUUGUUGACACUGAGAACAAGUACGACAGCAGCAAGACGUUCGUGAUGAUGAAGUUCAGGCAAAGGGAUGGGGGUGACGAAGCGCAGGAUGGGGAAGUGGAUGCGUCUCAGAGGGAGGAAGCGUUGAAGGAAUUGGUGAAAGAAAAGAAGAGUCACAUUUUGUCAGCGGUGAAGAAGGUGGCAAGCUUGUGCAGCCUACGUGGAACUCCUGUACACUUCAACCCGCGGGUGUGGAUUGAGCAGAGCUAGAAAUUGGAAACCACCUUAUCUUCAUCGUC